GUCCGGGCCGCCGGACUCUGACCGGGCCGCCGGACUCUGACCGGGCCGCCGGACUCUGUCCGGGCCGCUGGACUCUGACCGGGCCGCUGGACUCUGACACAGAUGAAGGCUUUUAUCUUUAGAUUUUUUUGUUGUUGACGUAGCUCAGGUAACGGGACGUGGAGAACCUCUGUAGGAAGUUGGGUUUCGUCCCUGUUGGAUGAAGUGUACAGAAACUGCUCUCUCUCUCUCUCUCUGAGACGACUUUCAGCGUUUCUGCUCGUUAUUGGGAAUUAACCGAUGCCGUUAGUAGAACCCCGCCUCGCCAGGACCGGCGGGUUUCCGCUCUACGACCUGGGAUCGGCUGCUCCAGCCGUACUGACGACUAACGAGCUUCUGUUUACACUGAAAGUCACGGCGGCUCGGAUGCAGAACCACUGGCAUGACUAAUCCUGACACAAUAAAACAGACGUAUUUAUGUCUGACUGAAUCUCUUCAGGUUUUCAGAAAAAUAGCAAAGAAAAAUAUAAUAUUUUCACCGUCUGGCUUGCCGUUGGGCUGAAGAUGACCUUUGACCCCUUCCCAUGUUGAUGGACAGCAACAGUUGCUUCUCUGAGGUCAUUGCUGAUGUCUUUCCCUCUUGGUGUCGGGUUACAUGAAACCUUUGAAUUCAUUUUAUUAUGAAACAAAUGAUUUACUUUCAGGUUUAUCAGUAAGUCCAAGAUAAACAUGAAAAACAGCAUUUUUAUAUCCAUGUAACUGCUGUCUGAUUGUAGACUGCACUUUUAUUUUAAUUUAGUUUAUUUAUAUAACACCAAUUCAGAUUAAAUGUCAUCUCAGUGCACUUUACAACAAUCCAAUCAUAAUUUCUUUCCAAUUAAUCCGAGUCAUCAGUCGGUGUGUUAUGCUCAGUUUGUUAUUCAAAUUGGGUUUGAAAAGUUUUCCAAUUCUUCUGGUUGCAGCGACAGUAGAGAGGAAAACUCACCUUUAACAGGAAGAAACUUCCAGCAGAACCGGAACCAGGCUCGGUGUUGGCGGCCAUUUUUCAUGGCCGACUUGGGUUUUCACACAAAAGCACCGAUUCGGGAAGAAUUAAAAAUUGGAGAGCAGUAGGAGAAUGAAGCAGAGCAAAGAAAAGUGGACAAUCGGUCCACAGUGAAGAAUUUAACAUCCAACUCAAAAAUGCAGAAAGAUGCAAUCAAAGAUUAAACUGAAUCUUGAAUUUUAAGAAUGUAGUGUUUAAUCACUUGCUAACUUCCAGUCCAUCAUUGUGAUAUAUGUAGGAAACUUAUCAGUUAAUGGUGGUUCUAAUGUCAACAGUUAGCAUUUCCCAAAUCUGGCCAAACAAAAUCCUCCCCAGGCCCGCAAACGGCCCGAGGGCCAGACAUUGAACACCUGUUGGUUAGACCGGAUGUCUAACAUAGCAUAGCUAUCUACAGGUUAGCUUAACCGUGUUAUGGAGCUAAAAUGUCGGCGCCUCUCCAUUAGUUAAUGUUCUGAAAGGUCCAUAAAACCCAAAUUGACCGAACAUGACUCUCAUUCUUCAGCAGUCGCUCGGUUUUGGUCUGAUAAACGGCUUUAAAUGAUUUACGCGGCGUCAUGACGUCUCUCUGUGUCGGUUCGUUGCCUGGAGACGGCUCCCGCUCCUGUGGCCGUUGCUAUAGAAACGCCGGACCCGAACGCGCCGCCCUCGGGUCAGAACCUUCUGGAACGGAGGGUUUCUCCAGGCCUGGAGUCAGCACGCCGCUGCAGCAGGAUGUCUGCUCUUUCAUCGAAGCCCAGCCUGCGGCACAGCGUCUCAGAGUGGCUCAGCAACAACCAGCAGCUGGCCGCCACCGCGCAACACGAGCGACGCGUUUCCCACGAGGUCCGGCAGGAGGGCCGGACGCUGCGCAACGAGACCCACUGCAAGGUGGGGCGUCCAGGCUCACGUUCAGGGUCCGGACUGCCGAGAACAGCUUGGGGAGCUUUAGCUUAAUGACGGUGUGGGAUGAGGGCGACACGUCCCGCAGGCUCAGCGAUCGGAUCUGGGAUGUUUCCCGCUGGAGAGACGUCCUGGAAAUCUGUGCCCAGAAGAUGGACGAGGAGAUGGAGGCUCUGACUCUGUCCAAAGAGCGGAGCGAGCUGGCCCUGGCCGCCACCUCCGUCCCCCUGGAGGUCGCCAACGAGUGCCUGACGCUGAGGGAGGGUCGGCGCGGUUACGAGCUGGUCGGCGACCCGGUGGAGGCGCAGCUGAAGCAGGAGGCGGAGCUGAUCGAAGGCGUGCAGCAGCGUCUGCAGCGCAGCGUCGACCAGGCCUUCGAGCAGCUGGGCGUCCUGCAGGAGGUCCGACACCAGCUGACCUCUGACCUCCAGAACAAGAUGGAAGCUCUGGACAUCGACACGUCCUGCCUGUCCCUCACAAUAAAGUCACCGAGCAUCUCCCUGAAGACGAACCCGACCCGGAUACCGUCAGGUUCCUCCAGCCCCCAGCAGUGGGCCCAGUUCAGCCAGUACAACGUGGCGCGAGCCCAGGAGGCCGUCCACGUUUCCCAGCAAAUGAGGGAGAACAUGAGCCUCGGCAGAGCGCAGGUCCAGAAUGAGUUGGAGGCUCAGCGCCGAGCCACAGAGUUCGCUCUCCGUAAGCGGAAGCACCACGAGGAGCAGGCCAGAGAUGAGCUGCAGUGGCAAAUCAAAACCACCGAGGAUGAAAUGGCAGCCAUGGAGGGCGACAUCCGUGGGCUGGACGCGGACCUGCAGGCCAAGACGGCCUCCCUGAAGCUGGCUCACACCCGGCUGGAGGCCAGGACCCGCAGGUCCGGCGUGGAUCUGUGCCGUGACGAGGUGCAGCACGGCCUCGUUGCCGAGGUCCAGCAGCUGGAGGCCACCAUCCAGGCCCUGAAGCAGAAGCUGUCAGACGCUCAACUCUCUCUGCAGAAGAUGACGCUCCACCGCGGCCGCAUGCGCCAGGAUCUCUCCAGGAAGCAGGAAGCCCUGUCUCUGGAAGAGCGCAGCAUGCAGUGCAGGACCCGCAUCACGUCCCAGUCCGGCUCCGACCGGAGCGCCGUGCCACUGGUUCCGCUCGUGAACUCCAGCGGGAGGAGCAACCUUCAGCUGCUGGCCCUGUGAGCGGACCCCUCCACUCCGGUCGGUUGGCAGCACGGUGGAGAAGCUGCCUCACUUUCAUUCAGUUUUUAUUUUUCCAUCUUUGAAAAUUGCUUCUUUUUUUUUUUUCUGGAUAAUGGAUCCUUCUGGUUUUGGAUGCUGUGCACCUGGAUAGAUUUUGAUAAUGUCAUAAAUGGUGGUUGGAAGUAGUGAGAAUGAACGCAGAGACCCAGAUGAAGACGAUGAAGAGUUUAAUGAAGAAGAUGGAGACAGUCCUGGCUCAGGCAGCACGGCAACAAACAAGCACGUAGCUAAUACCGGUAGCAACCGACAUACGGACUGAACACGGAAACAAACAACCUCAGGACUUCACAACUGAGGGGAAGCUCACUUGCUGAGAAGCAACGUAGACGCCAACAAAGACGUAAGACCCGACGAAGAACACGGACAUCAGGUGGGACUAAAUACACACAGGGGUAGUCAAGGCAACGAGACACCUGGGAGACGCAGAGACUCACAGGAAGGAAACUGAACACAAAAAAACUCCAAAAAUAAACACACAGAAACACGAUCAUGACAGAUAAUACUUAGCUAAUUAGUUCUGAUGUGUGUAACCAUAGCAACAAGGUGGUUUACAACUGGGAGCUGCUGAUUAACAUUGCAAAAGCUGAAAUAAUCCCCACAACUGAGGACAGAAAACGGAUGCAGCACAGGAGCAAAGAGGAGAGAGAGGAGGAAGAAGUUCAAACCGUCUCUACCGUCCAUCGCAGUGGGUGACCUGAGACUGUUGGCUAACAGGAUGGAUGAACUUCAAGCCCUGUCAAAGGACUCAGACUAUAGGAAAAGCAGUGUAGUGUGUUUUACUGAGGCCUGGCUGCAGGGUUACAUCCCAGACUCGGACGUCUCUCUGCCAGCCUUACACACGGGAGCUGGAGGUGGAUUAGCAGCAACAACAGAUGGUGGGUGACACCGUCUCACAGUCCAGACACUGACCUCUUGGCAGUACGUCUCCGUUCAUGUUAUUUUCCAACAGAGAUUUGUUUUACAUCUCAAAAUGAAGACCUUUUCUGGGAAAAUCAGGUCACAACCUGGUUUUUCUGUUCUCAGAUUAUAAAUAACUUGUGCAGAGACUAAAGAAAAUGACUGCAACACAGUGGCUAUAGGAAGCUGAAGAAGCCUAAAGGGACGAGGCAGCAGACUGGAUUGGAAACGGCAUCAAUGUCUUGACUGAGUGUGUGACUGACAUUAUUAACUGUGUGUGGACAACACCAUCCCCACCAGGACAAUCGACAAACUGGAUCACCAAUAAACUAAAGGAACUCCAUCCCUUUCCCCUCUAUACAUGUAAACGUCCAGCAGAAGUCCGACUUCUCUCAUUUACAGAAAUACUCAGAUGACUCUGCGGUCGUCAGGUGGGUCAGAGACGGUCAUGAAGCCGAGUAGAGAGCCGCCUUGAGGCAGGGCGUGGAAACAAUCAUGUGAAGGAAACAGAAGACGGGUAGAUUUCAGGAGAAACGGGGUCAGAUCGACAUGUGGAACCUCUGGAGAUGAUGCUUCAAAGAAGGAUUUUUCAUUGAAUCUACUAAGAAAUGUUCCCUAGAAAUUGUGUGAAAGUUCCCUGCAAGACCCAGAAAACCACCCUGAACAUUUUGGCAAGUCUCAGGUCGUUGGUGGACAUUUGGCAAGUCUCAGGUCGUUGGUGGACAUGGACCGGGCUUUCAUAUCAUUUAUUUAAUGUUUUGUACCAUGCUUGCAUACCACAACAUAUUUCAGAACAUUUUGAGUCCAAGAAAAACAUUGAAAGUCCUUUCAAAAGCCUGGAGAAGCAUUGAUCAGGAAGAUAUUGCCAAUUGGAAGGAAAAGCAUCAACAUGUGACAAACUAGAGGUUUUGGACAUUUUUGGUUAUCCUAUAAAUAUUCUCCAAAAGGGGAUUUAAUUGCCUUGUUUUUCUCAGAUUUACUCCACCAGCAUGUUUAUUUAAAAUUCAGAGUUGAGCCCGCUCGCUCUCCGUCUUAUCAACCGUUCCGUUUAAUGAUUGUUUGGCUUUGUCAUAGUGUUCGACUGCCGCUGAUGGAAGCAUAAAGGCUGCGAUAAGAACGUGAACUUUGACUCUGCUUCAGAUAAAUAAUGUGGUAAACAUGGUCAUCACCUCAAUAAAUCCCAUAAAUCUCA